CAACACCCAAACCACCGACCAUUGAUUGAUGUGAUUUCUUCCCUCCCACCUUCACUCCCUCUCUUGGCUGAUGUUUAAUGGACAUCAAACGGUGAUCAGAGACACCGCCUGCUGCAGUGCGCAUCGGUACGCAAGCAAGCAACCCAGCAAACAAAGCAGCAACACUCCUCGAAGGACUCAGGACCGCCUUCGCGCGUGCCCAUUGAUAACGGAAACGUGUCAUUCUGGCACGACUCAGAAAGCUGUUCCACGCAGCAGCUGUGCUGAUAACGCCAGCCGAGCACAGCAACACUGAGCAAGAAAAGACAGCAAUACCCGCAGGCAACAUCCGGCGUUCGUCUUCCUCGCUGAUGACGACGAUGCCGCUCCACGCCCUGCGGCACGAUCGUGCGAGGACCCAGCGCCGUCGCGAGGCAGCCCAACACACUGCCAUGGCGGCGGUGGUGGUCGCCACGUUGUGCCUCCUUGCGUUUGCAUGCACGCACGCAUCCGCGCAGGUGCAAACUACCGUCUGUGGCAGCACCGAAUGCACAGAGACGGAGUUUUGCCAGGACGACGCCAGCUGCUCCCCAUGCACGGAUUGCUUCACCAACGGCAACGUCGGCGACAUUUACCGCACACCCUGCCUCGUGUCGUGCACCUCCUCCUCGUGCCCGUGCUCGGAGGAGGAGACAUGCAGUUUCGACACAAACGAGUGCUUGUCGUGCGAUCCCUGCAUCAACGACCCGCUCUUCCCUUACCCGAGCUACUGCGAGGAUAGCCCCUGCUUCCGCUCCGAAAGCUUUGGCCAGAUGAUCUGCCCUGAUGACGGCUCUGAUCCUGCGCAGGGCGAACCCUACUUUGUCGACGGCGACACCCUGUCGUUUCAUCAGGCAAUCGAGAUGGCCAACAGCAACUGCGACCACAACGAGAUUGUGCUGCAGCAGGAGCUGAUUGAGUUUGAGUCGUCCUUCCCACCCAUCACCUCCCCCGUCACCAUCCGCGCAGAGUCCCAGACGCGCCUCAUCAUGUACGCCAGCUCGCAGUACGACGGCUUUCGCGUCUUCACGGGGCCCUUCACCCUCACGGGAAUCGUCAUGGAAGGAUUCACAGACGCGGUCGUCACAUACACCCCGCGCACCACCAUCGAAAGCGUGCUGAUGCAGGACUGCGACGAGGGCGUGCACAUCACCAACCUUGCGUCAGGCGCGGUCCUGCGUGACGUGGACGUCUAUCGCCCUUCCCGCGGUGUCUACGUGUCGGGCGGCUUCCACACGCUCGAGCGCGUGCGCGUGUACGAUUCGUUCGGCGACGGCAUCGUCGUACACAACGCGACGUACGUCACCCUGUCCGACUGCCAGGCCGUGGGCUGUGAUGGCAACGGUCUCGCUGGCUCCAACACCAUCCAGCUCACCGUCACCGGCGGCGUGUUUGGAGAGCCAGCGAACGUCUCCCCUCCCACAGAGGUGCCACCCUCAACAGGCGACGCAACCACCACCACCACAACGACGACGACGACAACAACAACAACAACAACAGCGGGGCCUCCAACCUCCUCCCCUGCCAGCGGCUCCACGCCCACGCAAACAACGACAACCCGCACGACAACCACGUCAACAACAACAACGACAACGGCAGCUCCCAGCGGUGGCGGCAACGCGCAGUCUGGCAUCUCGCUCACCUACACGUACCGCGCCGUUAUCCAGGGCGCCUCGUUCCACUCCAACGCACAGGCGGGCAUCAGCGUGGGCGCCGGCUGUGGUGACGUGUCCGUGUACACGUGCGUGUUUGGUGACGACACCAACUUCAACGGCGUCCACAACAUGGCUGUGGAGGACUCGCACGACAUCACCAUUGGAGGCAUUGGCCCCCUGGGCAACACAUUCAACGGCAACGCCCUGUACAUGCAGGCGCACCUGUACCUGGCCCGCUCUCGCAUGAUCACCGUCUACAACAACGCCUUCACCUCCACCGCCACCGCUGGCGUUGCGGGGCAGACGGGCCAGCAGACGUCUACCUUCAUCGGCAUCAGCAUCAGCGAGUGCGAGAACGUGGACAUGGGCAACGCAGCAGACGCCGCCCUGCCCACCGUGCCGUACCCGCGCGCCAACGUGCUCUCAGACACGCUCUGCGCUGCGGAGGUGGCCGUGUCGUCAUCCAAGACGGUGUCCAUCGCAGCCAACUACAUUGGCCUCGGCAUCCUGCCAGAGACGGGCGAGCGUACACGGCGCUCCUUCGACGGCUCCACGUACACCACCGCCGAAGAAGUGGUGCGCAUCUCAGACACAACCACCUUCACCGUCACCUUCAACGUCAUCUCUGCGGUGGAGGCAACGGCGCUCCUGCGCCUGCAGAACUCGUUUGUCGGCGCCGUCAGAGACAACACCAUCGUGGGCGCUGGCAUGGCCGCGGACUUGCCUGCCCCCACCACGGAGUCGCAGGUGGGCGUGAUGCGCGGUGUGGACGUCACUGGCGGCGUUGCCGACAUCGUCCUGAGUGGCGGCAACGUCAUUGCUGCGAACACGGGCGUUGUUGUCGACUGCUACUUCCAGUACGUGGCGAGCCUGGAGUUGCCGGAUGACACCUCUGUCCGCGUGUAUGGCAGCAGCAUCUGCGUUGACACGGACGGCAUCACCGCCAUCUCCGGCUGCGCCAUUGGCGUGAACGUCACCCAGAACGUGGACGACGCGCUGGUGGGCGUGGGGAGCGAGGCGCCAAACCUCGUGUAUGGGCUCGACGUUGCCGUCCUCACCUCUGGCCGCGCCGUGAUCGAGAACAACUACGUUGGCGUGAGUGUCGACGGCGAUGCAACCUUGGUGUCGGACAACACUGCCGGGUUCCGCCGCCGCCGUAAUGCCCUCGCCACGUCCUUCGACUUCAACGGCAGCGAGAGCCUGGCCCAGUCCACGCACGGCGGCGCUGUUGGCAUCCACAUGGACGCGUCGGGUGGCGGCGACGGCGCCUACCUCUUUGGCAACGUCAUUGCCGGCUUUGGGGUUGCGGGCAUCCGUCUCAGCUUCCUCUCCUACCCGUACUUCUUUGGCAUCAGCAACAACCUCAUCGGUACAGACGUCUCGGGUGCCAACGCCCUGCCCAACUGGGACGGCAUUCGCGUCGACAACGGCACGCAAGGCCUCGGCAUCAAGGGCUACAACGUCAUCAGCGGCAAUGCCCGGUACGGCGUGUACAUGGAGAGCGUGCAGUUCGUCUCUGUGCAAGGCAGCGCCAUUGGCCUCGCCGCUGACGGGCGACGUGAGCUGCCGAACCAAGUUGCCGGCGUGCACGUCGUUGACUCGAGCAGCAUCGAGAUUGGCGAGCCAGACUACCCCCUCGGCACCAGCGACAGCGGCGUGCAUGUGCCGUCGCCCGACUACCCGGCCGCUGCCGCCGUGUUCCCGUUCCCCGUCGGCAACGCCAUUGCAGCCAACGGGGGCGAGGGCGUCAGCUUCCUCCGCUGCGCCAGCUGUCGCGUGCAGCACAACUUCAUUGGGCUUGGCGUGAGCCUGAGCAAGCUGACCCUCACCUCGCGCGGCAACCAGGGCGGCGGCGUGCUCCUGGUGGACUCCAACGACGCCGUGGUGCUCAACAACACCAUCGCCGACAACAACAUGUUUGGCGUGAGUGUGCAGCACUCCAACAACACGGCGUUUGCUGGCAACCGCAUUGGCACCGACGCCUCUGGUGACCUGCGUGCCGGCAACAAGGGCAACGGCGUGGAGCUUGCAGACUGCGCGGGCGUCGUGUUUGAGCACGCGUACCAGCGCUACACGCAGGACGGCAGGACGAAUGUCACCGUCAACGUCGUCUCCGGCAACGAACAGGCUGGUGUUGUGGACCGCUGCGUGGGCACCAAGUUCAGGGCGGGCCACUUUGGCAUCAACUUGGAAGGCACGCGCCGCAUCCCAAACAGAGGCAGCGGCAUUGUGCUCAUGGGUGCAACCGGCACCACCAUCGGAACCCUUGCCGGCGAGAGCUCGGGCAGCACCAGCGGCGAAUACUACUACGAGGAGUACUACUAUUACGAGGGCAAUUACCAGACGGGCGGUGGGACCUACUCCGGUGGCGCGCCGUCUGGUGGGCAGCGAAGUGUGCUUGCAGCCAGCGGCAACAACGAGCACGGCAUCCUCAUGCGCUCUGCGUCACAGGUGAACGUUGGCGAAGCGCUGAUUGGUCUGGGUGCAGAUGGCACGACACGCAUCGGCAACAGGAAGGCGGGUAUCAAGCUGCAGUUGUGCAGUAAAAUCUCGCUCGGGAGCGUCAGCUCUGACGUCACAAACCCGCUUCCAACCACCACCACCUCAUCGACAACGAUCGCAACAACAACAACGAUCGCAACAACAACGACAACGUACUCCCCGCCAAUCAACCCUCGCCCAACCACAGCCACCAGCACGACGACCACUUCCACCGUUGCACCCCUCCGGCGCCGUCGUAGCAACGAUGAACAAGACCAAGAACAACUGCAGCAACAAGAUGACGCUGCAAGUGCCGUCGCCCCGGCUGCUGCCGCUGCUCGUGUUGAGGGAGACGAGAGUGACAUUGUUGUUGAGGAUUCAAGUUCGCUUGCAGACACGUUCACACACGUGCGCGAGCGGCGUGAUCUGGGCUUUGAAGGGCUGCUCAUCAUCGGCGCGAAUGACCAGGAUGGCAUUGAUGUGGACAACAGCGACACGGUGUUCAUCGUGGGUGUGCAGAUUGGCCUGUCGGAUAACGUGCCUGCAGGAAACGGCGAGAACGGCAUCCGCGUCCGUCCCGGCUCACAGGUGACGGUUGGCGGCGACAGCACCGUGCUGGUGGUGCUGAUUGCGAACAACGGGGAGUACGGCCUGCUGAUUGAGGAGAACGCGCAGGCGCUGUACCGCUCCGUUGGGUUUCUCAACAACGGCGACGGCACCGUGCAGACCCUCGGCCAGCAGCAGGAGGACCGGCCCACCAUCCAGAUUGGCACCUUUGAGGCGACGCGCGCGCAGUCGCUCAUCUCCGUGCCGAGCGGCGGCGUGUAUGUGAUCCAGGUGUUUGCUGCGAGCCAGUGCCUGGUGCGCUCGAGCAUGGGCCAGGCGGAGCGGCUCAUCACCACCAUCCUGGAGACGUUUCCGUCGGCAGUGUCCCGGCAGCUGACGCAGCUGACCUGGUCCCGUGCCCAGGGGGAGGUGAUGGAUGGGGAGGUGAUCACCGCCACCGUGGCGUCCUUCGAUGGCUCCGUCACGUCGGAGUUUGCCAAUUGCCGCGGGCCCUCCCGCAAUUUGCGCCUGUGUGCGCUGUGCGUGUGCUACGACACGACAGCAGACUGCCGCGGCCAGCUCUCGUUCCUGCCAACCGGUGUGCAGAACCCCAACAUCACGGAGCUUCUCCUCGACAACAACAUGGACCUCUCUGCGGUCCCGGACUUUGUUUUUUCAGACUUGCCCAACCUGGAGACGCUGAGCCUGGCGAACCUGCCGAGCCUUGACUUUGACGAGGACCUCUUGGCCCGCAUUUCGGGCCUAUCGACGCUGCAGUCGCUCAACCUGUCCUCCAACGGCAUUUCAACGCUCAACGGCUUCACCAUCCCGCCGUCUCUCGAGCGCAUCGACCUGAGCGACAACCGGUUCACAACCAACCCGCUCACCUUUGGCGAUGACACGGUGCUGGAGCAGCUGUUGCUGGACUCCAACCUCUUUGCCGUCCUGAACACCGACGAGUUCUUUGGCGCAACGGCCCUGACGGGACUGUCCAUCCGCAGGAACAUCAUUGCCCUGGUGGAGUCUGGCGCCUUCAACGGCCUCGAGUCCCUCCAAGUCUUGGAUGUGAGCCAGAACCUCAUCACAAACGUCACAUAUGCACCCGACAUUCUUCGCGGCCUCAACAGCCUGACCGCGAUCAACUGGUUCGGCGACAUGUGCCCGCAAGGUUACGUCAACGCGUUCAGCUCUGGUGGCAGCAUCUGUCUGCCGUGUCCGCAGGGCACCUAUGUGGACGCUGGCUUAGGUAGCCUGCUCGACUGCACGCCCUGUGCUGCGGGUCAGGUCGACGACGACCGCGAUGCCGUUACGCCGUGCGUGGCCUGCCCCGUCGACACGUUCACGCAGCCGGGCAGCUUUGGGUCGUGCAACAGCUGCGCGAUUGACGAGCUGGACGAGGACCAAGACCCGUCCACCCCGUGCAUCCGCUGCCAGCCAGGCACGUUUGCAAACCGCACCAGCCUUGUGUGUGAAUCAUGUGGACCCUUUGGCACGGACGACGACCGCACGCCAGGAACGCCCUGUAUCCUGUGCACGGACGGGCUGAUUGCGCCCAACGGCACGGUUGGCCCCUGCAUCUCCAAGGGAAGCGGGGCGAGCGCGUCUACGGGGAGCAUGAUUGGGGCGAUUGUCGGCGCCAUUGCAGCCGUUGCGGCGGUGAUUGUGCUCAUUGUGCUGUACGUUGCCCGGCGCAAGGUGCGGCGUGUCAAGGAGGAGCAGGCGCGUGCGCUGCGCGAGAUUCAGCAGAACGCGCGGUCCGAGUUUGAGCGGCUGCUGUCGUCCAAGUACGACGCGCACCAGAAGCGGGAGGCCGCGUCCAGGUUCGACCGCCUGCAGAUCCCACGCACGGCGUUCCGGACGGUGCGGGAGCUUGGUGCCGGCGAGUUUGGUGUUGUUGAGCUUGGCGAGAUGGAGGGGAAGAACGACCCCGUGGCCAUCAAGCGGUUGCACGAGAAGGGCGUGGAUGCGGACGAGCAGACCAAGUUCCUGCAGGAGGCGCGGCUCAUGGCCAUUAUGGAGCACAAGAACAUUGUGCAGCUGCUUGGCGUGUGCACGCUCGAGCAGCCUUUCCUGAUGGUGCUUGAGUACAUGUCCAAUGGUGACCUGCGCAGCUACCUCAAGCAGCAGGCGCGCGCUCGCACGCACGCACAGCCGGACGUACUGACUGUUGCCGUGAUGAACGUGGCCUCCGCCAUGCAGUAUCUGGAGGAGAAACACAUUGUGCACCGCGAUCUUGCCGCGCGCAACGUGCUUGUUGGCGACAGCCUGCCCGAUGUGAAGCUUGCUGACUUUGGCAUGAGCCGGCCCCUGGAUGACAAGGAGUACUACCGCAAGCAGAGCAGCGACCGCGUCCCCGUCAAGUGGAUGGCGCCGGAGAGCAUCCGCGACAAGACAUCGACACACGCGGGCGACGUGUGGAGCUUCGGCGUGCUGUGCUGGGAGGUGUUUUCCUUUGGGCAGACGCCAUACCCUGGCUACCGCGCACUGGAGACGAUUGUCGCCGUCGCCAGCGGUUACCGCAUGCCGCGCCCAGACUACUGCCCGCCGAGCGUGUACAGCGUGGUGGAGGCAACGUGGCUCGCCGACCCGGCAGAGCGACCAAACUUUGCGCUGGUGUGCAAGCUGCUGCAGGACGCGCUUGACAACAUUGACGCAACGGAGGUGAGCGCGCCAAUGGUCGGCCACUCGACGCUCAAGAGCACGGGCCGGUACAAGGACUGGGAGGCGAUUCGCAGGGAGAACGCGGCAUAUGUCGACGACAUCAGCAAGAACCGCACCAUGCAGUCAACGCGCCUGGACGAGGCAGACAGGAGGUACCCAGCGCGGCAGGUGGGCGCAGACACGCCACAAACGGUGCCGCACCCGGGCUCCUCGUCUGCGUCGUCAACUUCCAACAGCCGUGGUGGACACACGGGCCCAUCAUCCAUCGCCACAGAUGCCCAACAACAGCAGCAGCAAGAGCAGAAGCAGCAGCACGGUGGUGAUCGCCGCCCCUUGUCAAGCACAAGCGCAAGCGCAAGCACAAGCAGCCGCAGCCGCGUGCUGAACCUCGGUGGCCCUUCGCUGUGGCAGAGCACCGACACGGAUGUUGGCGAUGGCGAAGCGGUGGAGGAUGAGGGCGGUGACGAGGGUGAUCGCGUUGCGUCCAACCCCACGUAUUCGCCGAGUGGCGGGAUGGGCAUUGGUGACGACUUGCACGAGUAUGUGCAGCUUGUGACGGGCCAGAAGCUGCCGCCACUCAUGGAGCGGCGAGAGGACGGGACGUACCGCCGGGCACAGUCGAAAUCGCCCGCCAGCGACGCCGGCAGGGCUGGCGCUGCUGGCAUGACGCCAAUGUCCUCAUCGUCAACAACGACAGCAACACAGGAGACGAGGUUUGAUGGGGCGUCGCGUCCAAAGGAGGAGCGUGACUACCUGGAGCCGGUGUCUGCUACCAACGCAGCCAAGGCUGUCAGCGUCAGUGCGAGCGACAAGGGCGCCGAACGCGACUACCUUGAACCUGUGCCUGUGCGCAAGUCCAAGCAAGUGGAGGAACGCGACUACUUGGAGCCUGUGCCUGCGCGCAAGUCCAAGCAAGUGGAGGAACGCGACUACUUGGAGCCUGUGCCCGCGCGCAAGUCCACGCAAGUGGAGGAACGCGACUACUUGGAGCCUGUGCCUGUGCGUGACUCCAAGGAGGGUGCGGCGCCUGCCCACCGCUUGAUCAAGCGCGAAUCCGGGUCUGUGCUGUAUCCUGGAGGAGGUCCAGACAACGAGCAACUGCUGCCGCCUAUUGCUGAGCGAACCUCGCUCCAACACCACCACCCUCGCCACCACCAUUCCGGCCACCACCACCGCCAUCACCAGCAGCAGCGUGAGGAGCCCGAGGAGCCCGAGGAGCGUGAUUACUUGGAGCCUGUCACAGACGUCUCACGCCUCCUCUCCACCAGUUCUCGCCAGCACUUUGUUGCUGCUGAUGACGAUGAUGACGGCCACCCCCACCACGAGCAGCGUCACAAACGCGGCGGUGGGCGCGAGGACUCGUAUCUUGAUCUCAUGGCGCCGGAGGUGCGUGAGGUUUCGUCGUCCCAUCUCGCCAAGCGCGACGGCGGCGAGGACGAGGGCGAGCAGGCAUACCUCGACUUGAUGGCGCCAAGCGUGCGGGAGGUGUCGUCCAGCGAUGUCUUCAAGGGCAGCGAUGCCAGCCAUGCAAGUGGCAAUGGUGAUGGUGGUGGCAGUGAUGAGUCUGUCGAGUUUGUUGAUGCAAACGGAAAGAAGAAGAAGCUUACAAACGUCGUGGCUGUCUAAUCUGGUGUGAGUGUGUGUAUGUGAGUGAGUGUGUGUGUGUGUGUGUGUGUGUGUGAGUGUGUGUAUUCUUGUGUGUGUGUGUGUGUGUGUGUUGUUCGUAUGGGACUUUUUUUUGUGUGUGUGUAUCAUUUCUCGCCGCGUCUGUCAAAUCAUCUCAUAAUCGCACGUGUCCAUUGUCCAUUUUUGUUACAUUUGCGGUGGUUGUCUGGAUUGUGUUACUGCGCUUAGUUUGCGUCCAUGUCUUCUGUCUUUACAUGGCUGCAUCAGCUGUGCACGUGUGUGUGCGUGUGUCGAUUGUUAUCCUUUGUGGCCACUUUUGAUUUCGUUACGUACUUGAGUGUUACUUUUCUGUGCGUGUUGUGUUCUUGUCGAACACAGCCGGCAGUAAACACAUGUGAGUGAGA